AUGGCGGACCAAGUUGCCAUCAAGCCCGAUCCUGAGGCCGACGAGGGCUCUCCAAUGGCGCUCGACGACGAUGCCUACGAAGAUGCCGGGGACGUCGAUCUCGAAUUCUACCAGCCUAUCCUUCCCGGCGAUCAGAAGAACCCCGAAGACGACAUGAUACUCGGCCGGAUCCCCAAGUAUCUGUGGUCGGCCUGGGGCAGCCUAGAUGACGAGGCGCCUCUCGAGGUCGGCAAGGUUCGCAGGUGGACGGAUCCCAAGACAGGACAGAUCCGCAUGGCGAUAUUGUUGAAUCCAGGCCGCGCGGAGCAUCAGAAUCUACCCAAGGAAUAUAACCUGGAGGUGCAGGAGCAUAAUUUGAGGAACACAUUUGUCUUUUCAGAGGCCGAUCUUGAAGGAUACAAGUCAAAGAACAAGGCGCGGCAGCAGGCCGCUGAUGCUGGUAUCCCAUCACAUCUCCUCAGGGCCAAGGAGAAACCAGCUCCAACCCCAGGUGGCAAACGAGGAAGGCAGGAAUACUUCCGCAAGGUUAUCCCGAAAAAGACGAGAAUAGCCGGGCGACUCCGCACAGAAGUAAGCGCGAACCCUAUCGAGAAUGAUGAAACCCAGCAUCUACUCUAUGUGCGUGCCCAAGAGGCUGUCAAGCCGAACAGUACGCUGCACAUUGUGGACCAUCAUCUUGUCAGGUCCAAUGUUGCUCAAGCAGGAACGGCCACGGGCAACAAGGUCUUCAGCUCAUUUAUUAAAACGGGCGAGAAACCGAACAAGCAGAAGAGGGCGGAGAUGAAGACGGCUCGUAUGCCAGAGAACGAACUGCUCGACAGGAUUUUCCUCCUCUUUGGAGAGUUCAAGUAUUGGUCCAUGAAGGCUCUGCGCGGGAGGAUUCCGCAACCAGAGGCUUACUUGCGGUCCACGUUGGAGAAAGUCGCCGAUUUGCACAAGAGCGGACGCUUUGCCAAUACGUGGUCAUUGAAACCGGAGCAUGAGCGCCCCGUGGAGGGCGUAGCAGAGAUGGCGCCGGAUGCCAACCUUGACGAUUCCGAAGGCGAUGGAGACGAGGAGGAUGACGAGAAUGUCAAGAUGGAAGACGUCCUGUGA